CGAUGUGGUCGCGUAUGAUUCGCGUGGAACAUAACCUACCGUUAAUUGCCACGUACUAUUUAAGUGCCAUUCGUGUAGAAUGUUUUCAUUUUCGGCGUGAUAUUGACCCCUGAACAAACCGGGAUCGAAACUGGAGAAUUCGUGACCAGUCUGGCACAUCACGUGUGUACGAUCACAAUGGCUUCCUCGAGACGUUUCAAGCUGUUGCUCUGUGCUCUCGGUAUUUUUGUAUGUUACUUCCACUUCGCUAUGCUACAAGAGAAGAUCACACGGGGACAGUACGGAGAUGAAAAGAACAGUGAAAAAUUUACAUACACGUUCACCUUAGUCUUUGCUCAAUGUCUGGUCAACUAUCUGUUCGCCAAGACUAGUUUAUUGACAAUUAUGAAACAGGGCGAAGACACUACUCCGAACAUAUAUUACGCGAUAUCUGCGCUCACGUAUUUACUAGGCAUGGUGUCCAGUAACAUGGCUUUACAGUUUGUCAAUUAUCCAACACAAGUUAUUGGGAAAGCUGGUAAACCCAUUCCUGUGAUGAUACUUGGAGUGCUGCUAGGGAACAAGGUUUAUCCAGUUAGGAAGUACUUGUUUGUCUUCUUAGUUGUGAUUGGUGUAGCUUUGUUCAUGUACAAAGAUGGUGGUGUGUCAAAGAAACCAGCAGAAGGACAAACAGCAUUUGGAGAACUGUUGUUGUUACUGUCAUUAACGAUGGAUGGUUUAACUAGCGCUGUACAGGAACGAGUAAGAGCAGAGCACAAUUCCAAGUCUGGACAUAUGAUGCUGAACAUGAACAUGUGGUCUGUGAUAUUCAGUGGUACUGUCAUUCUAAUUUCUGGAGAGCUGGUUGAAUUUAUUCAGUUCAUACACAGGCAUCCGUCAACCAUAUGGCUCAUAAGUACUUUCUCUAUAGCAGGUGCAAUCGGACAGUACUUUAUAUUUCUCACAGUCAUAGAAUUCGGCCCGUUACCGUGCUCGAUCAUAACUACUACCCGAAAAUUCUUUACAGUUCUAGGGUCGAUAUUGAUCUUUGGCAAUACUUUGACUUUUAGACAGUGGUUAGGUACAUUCACAGUGUUCAUAGGAUUGCUUCUAGAUGCCUUGUAUGGUAAAGACAAGUCCACCAAGAAAAAUAUAGUAAAGUAACAAACAAACCCUGGCGCGCCAACGCGUGCGAUUGCGAAUCGUUACGCUAUAGCACAAUUUUAUACUUUCACGCAUGUACACAGUAAGCAUCGCGAUCAGAGAUGGACAGAAUUUUAUUCGAAUAAUAGAUGGUGAAUGAAAGCUUUAUCUAGCGAUUUACGUGCAAAAUUUAUUUAAUUGUUAUUCAAUUUAGAUGAGAAUUU